CCAGAAUUGUGAGAGGAAGCGAGGAUCACGGUCACUGAUGAUGUUCUCGGGGAAGCCGUGAUGGCGAGCAACAUGGUCGAAGAAGAGUGUGGCGACGUCUUUGGCACUGUGYGAGGUCGUGCAAGGGAUGAAGUGGGCACGUUUGGUCAAGYGGCAGACARUGACGUAGAUGCAAUCAURCCCGCGGUCGRUCUUGGGGAGGCCGCACACGAAGUCCAUGGAGACACUCGGAGCGGCAAACGCAUAUUUGUUGAGCUUGGCGUAGAAUUUUUGCUCUCGGAGGAUCGAGAGGACUUGGCGGAGGUGCUGAAGGUGGGACUCGAAGGUGGGGCUGAAGACAAGGAUGUCAUCAAGGUAGACGACGAAGCAGACUUCGAGGAGGUUGCAGAAGAUGUGGUUCAUGGUAGAUUGGAAGGUGGCGGGGGCAUUGGUGAGUCCGAAUGGCAUCACAAGGAAAUCGUAGUGCCCGAAUCGAGAGCAGAAGGCGGUCUUGUGGGUGUCCUCCUCGCGGAUACGGAUCUGGUGGAAGCCACUGCGAAGGUCGAUCUGGGUAAAGUACUUGGCUCCACGGAGACGAUCAAGGAGCUCGGAAAUCCGAGGGGUGAUGUGGUGGAAAAAGCGGGUGCGAGAGGAAGCGGGCGUGGGCUGGUGAUGGGGGUGGAGGAGUCGAUCGUGGUGAAGCAUGCGAGAGAGGAGGUCAGCAAGGGGCAUAUCGGGUUCGUGGGCGAGGGCGGUUGCAAGGUCUUUGUGGCAUACUCGUUUGAUGCGGGAGAUGAACGCAAAGUCGGGAAUGAUGAUGGUGGGGAGGUGGUGGCGGAGGGAGCGGACAUAUUGGACGAAGUGGUCCGUGGGACCGGUCUGGCGGAGGUGGCAGAAUUGUUCAAGGUAGUCAUCAAUGGUUUUCUGGGGGCGAAAGGUGGCAGUGAGAAGGUUGGCCCAUUGGAGGAAGGAGUGACGUGGUCCUCCGGAGGCUCGGCGGUUGCUGACUUCAGCCAUCCACCAUUUGGCAGCAUUGUCGAGGAGGCGGGAGGUGGCGAUGGGGAGCCAGUGGGCAAGGGGGGGGGAAGGGUUGAAGAGGAAGGGUUGGUGGAUGUGGUGGUAGAGGUGGUAGGAGUGGAGGAAGUUGGCGGGGGGGUGUUGCUGGAGGCGGCUGUGGAGGAGGGAGUGGUUUGUGCUAUGGAGGAGGGAGGUGCGACCGUGGUGACGACCGUGAUGGAGGGAUUGUUCCCUUCGAGCGUGGUGACGCGGUCGGAUAUGGACGACAUGGUGGCCUUUAUGUCACCGAGAGAGGUGGUGAUGGAGGUUUGGAAGGUGUUGAGUGUGUGGAGGAUGGCGGAGAGGUCGGAGGUGGCGGUGUUUGCUAGUGGUUGUUCGCCUGCGAGGUUGCGGGCGAUGCUAUCGACCAAGUCGGUGCGGAUAUCAGACAUGUUGAUGGAGGAUGCGGCCAUGUCGGGGAAAGAGGGGGUGGAGGACGCGGCCGAAACGGAUGCGGAGGAUGCAGUAGCAGCAGUGGCGGUGGCGGCGCGUUGGGAGUUCUUGGUUUGGCCAAGAUGGUUAAGUGGGCUAGUGCAACUGCAAGGGUACGGACAUGAUUUCCGGGCUUGGGCAGUCAACCAGAGACUGGAAGACUUUCUCAAGAUGGUGGAGGAUAGGUGGCAUGAUCCUCAUGAGGCCCAAAAGGCCGCUGAUGCGAUCCUGACUUUGAGCAAUAGGCCGUUCAAGUCAGUAAGAGAUGCCACAAACGUUGUAGAGCGUCUGAUCUGUGUUCCUGGAGUGCGCUAUGAUCCCCAAGGCUUACUGACCACUUACCAGAGGUGUCUUCCCAUGCCACUCAGGAAUCAGUUGGCAGGAGAGGCUAACAUCAAUGUGCACAACUUCCCUUCGUUUAGCAAGAAGGCCCUUGUCCUGGACGCAAAGAUAGGGCACGGACACCAACCCACAACGGAUGGAAGGACGAAAACACUGCCUCCCAACUGGAAGGCGAAAGGUCGCAUCAUGUUCGUCGACAACGAUGGUUCCACCAUUGAGUUGGGCGACGACUUCCAUGAGGGAGUAGGUGCAGAGACGGGUAGCGUAGAGGCUUCAGGGGGUGGAGCAGUCGCUGCCUUAGUUCAAAAAGAACAGGGAACACAGCUGCAGAUGACUUCUGGGAACCACUCAGAGGCAAACGGGCAAGCAGAGCAGUUGAACCGCACUGUACAACAUCUGUUGAGGCAUUACAUCAAGCCUAACCAGGUGGACUGGGAUGCGAAACUUGUUCUCAUCACCAGCCUGUACAGCAAUGCUGUGCACAGGGCAACAGGGUUGAUGCAGCAAGCUGUAGAACAAAUGCACAAGGCGCAGGCGGCGAUGAUAGAAUCUGAGAACAAACACCGCCGCCCAUCUACAUUUCAGGUAGGGGACAGAGUCUGGGUCAAGUCCGCAGAACUGGGACAGGAGCACGAGAUCUCCUGCAAGCUCAUGCCACAGUACUUUGGACCAUGGGAGGUUCUGGACAUUGUCGGGGGUGAUCCGGAUGGGCCGGCCAGUGGGUAUGUGUGCAUGGUUGGAAAGGGUGGUGGUGGAGUGUAUGGGGUUGAAAUUGGGGAAGGAGAGGUUGGGAAUGGAGGCAUUGCUUGGGAGAUGAGUGAACGAGAUACUGAUGUCCGGGCCACUGUAUCACUACAAAGUGAGAAAGAGCCUGCAGGGUCAACUCGAGAUUGUGUUGUAAAGCUCUGAGCAAUAUUCCCAUUGACAUAAAGGCUUCCUUGCCCCUUUUCUGUGAUCACCACAAACACAUGAUACCACUUCCCUGGAGGAAACACACUUGUGUAUGGGCCUCGAACUCCCUGGAUUCCAUCAUCGUAGUAGAUAAAUGUUCUCUCUCUCCUAGAAUAGAGAAGCUGAGCCCUGUUCGUCUUCCCUGUCACUGGGGACUCAAACAGAAAAACAGAACCCCAAGCAUGUGAUGCCCUCUCACUGACUUGCACAGUGGAAUUAUUGGUCCACUCAUGGGCAUGCCAUGACUGAGAGGGAUUGAUCAGCACUUCAGUAUUUACUUCUUCAUCCAUACCCUGCCUGUUGGUUAAGGUGACUGAGACAGCUGCCAUCGAAUCCAGCUUUUGCAUCUCAGUGGGAUUCCAAACAUGUAAGCGCCUCCGCCCUCCAAGAUCUGGAAGAUAAGGUGGCGAUGGGGGUGAUGGAGGAGGGGGUGAGGGAGUGGGAGGCUCUGGCGGAGGUGGUGGUGCAAGCGGAGGUGGGGGAAGGCCUUCAUAGCGAUCGAUGCUGUUGUUGUAUGGGAAAACCCAGGCGCCAAAGGAGAAAC